AUGGAGGAAAGAGUGCGUUGCCCGGAACGCGACCCACGACUGACCAUCCACGUCGCAAUCGAGCCACCACAAGAGCAGCGGAUUCGGGUCCCAGAGCAUCACCACCGUCGACAGCAGCACCGACAGGAGCGUCCGGCCUCGACGAACAAGUCGGAGAUGUCCUCAGAGGCAAGACCCGAGGCUCAAGUGCAGGUCCAGAUCCAGAUCCAGGUGUCGGUCCGUCCUCUUGCGCACCAACCGGCUCUGGUCUGUGUCUCGACCCAAACUCCCGCCUCUCCAUCAUCACCUUCAGUCCCCUCCCCCGCGACGGCGUCGUCUUCACCCCGACCUGCCGGUAGCCGUGCUAGUACGCCUCACAGGCAAAAGCAAACGGAAGACCAAACCCAUACCGAGACCCAAACGAAGGACCAGGACCGGAAUCGAGAUCAUGGUCAUGGUCAAGAUGAUCAAUCUCCCCCGGCGCCAGGCGACUACCGUACCCUCGCUCUCGCCCAGUUCCACGCCGACCUGGCACGAGCCGCCGACUGCCCAGAGCUCCACGGCGAGACCCCAGCGCGGCGGAUCUGGACCCAGACUGAGUGA